UAGUUGUAUCGGUCGCAGCAACCAGCAACAGCUGAUGGUAACCAGUUUCGCACAUUGUGCGGCAUCCAUGUGGCAUAUUUUUCUUGUUGAUCGGUAAAAGGAAUUGGGAAGAUGGGUCUGAAUGUUGAGCUAAAGAAACUCGAAGAGCUGGAACUUGAAACGCAGAGACUUGCAGCCCAAUUACAAAGCAGCAAGGCGAACAAUGGCUCUGCGGACCAAACUGAUGACGAUCUGCUUAAACUGCAGGUGGAAAACACAAAGCUCAAGCACCGCCUGGCUAUCCUCAGACAAUCCAUAGCCGAGGAGUCGAAAGCCGGUGGCAGCAUUGAGGUCCAGGAGAACAGCUCUAUCACGGAGCAUCUGCAUUUCGUGUUCGCCCAGGCAAUUGCAUUAGCUUUUCCGGAAUACAAGGACACUCCCGUUUCAAUUGCUCCUGUCAACAGCGCUUCGGCAAAGUUUGGCGACUACCAGUGCAAUAAUGCGAUGAAAUUGGCCAAGCAACUCAAGGAAAAGGGAAUCAACAAGUCGCCAGGCGACAUUGCCACUGAAAUACAGAGAAACUGCCCAGUUUCGCCACUUAUUGAAAAGCUAGAAGUGGCCGGAGCCGGGUUUGUUAAUGUCUUUCUGAGCAAAAACUAUGCAUCACAAGCUUUAAGCGGCCUUCUAAGAAACGGCGUGAAACCACCCCCGGUUCCCAAAAGACGAGUCCUUAUCGACUUUUCAUCGCCCAACAUUGCCAAGCAGAUGCACGUGGGUCACCUGCGGUCCACCAUCAUUGGAGAAUCUAUUUGCCGGCUACUGGAGUUUCUUCAGCACGACGUCGUUCGCAUUAACCACCUCGGCGAUUGGGGCACACAGUUUGGCAUGCUGAUCGCCCACCUGGAAGAUCGGUUCCCCAAUUUCCUGAACGAAAGUCCUCCCAUCGGCGAUCUACAGGUCUUCUACAAGGAGUCCAAGAAGCGGUUCGACGAGGACGAGGAGUUCAAGAAGAGGGCGUACAGUCGAGUGGUUUCCCUGCAGAGCGGCGAGCCCAACUCCAUUAAGGCCUGGCAGUUGAUUUGCGAUGUGUCGCGGAAGGAGUUCCAAACCAUCUACAAUCGCCUCGAUGUGUCGAUCCAAGAGCGUGGCGAAUCCUUCUACCAGUCUCGUAUGCUGUCUGUGGUUGAGUUCUUGCGAAAGAAGAACUUGCUGGAGCCGGAUGAGGGACGUGAGAUUAUGUGGCCAGACGAGAGCAAAACAGGCAUCCCCCUAACGAUCGUGAAGUCCGAUGGUGGGUUCACGUACGAUACCUCUGAUAUGGCUGCCAUUCGUCACCGAUUGGAGGAGGAAAAGUGCUCGUGGAUUAUUUAUGUGGUGGACGCUGGACAGAGCACACAUUUCAAUACCAUUUUCAAGGCGGCAGAGCGUUGCGGCAUCCUAGAUCGGGCUGUUCAUCGUGUAGAUCACGUUCAGUUUGGGGUGGUGCUCGGCGAGGAUGGAAAGAAAUUCAAGACCCGUUCGGGUGACACCGUGAAACUGUCUGACUUGCUGGACGAGGGAAUGAAGCGAUCGUUGAACCAGCUGGAGAGUCGCGGCCGCAACGACGUGCUCACUCCCCAGGAACUCAAAGACGCACAAGAGGCAGUAGCCUACAGUUGUAUAAAGUAUGCGGAUCUGUGCCACAACCGUAUUAGCGACUACAUAUUCUCCUUUGACAAAAUGCUCGAGGAUCGCGGCAACACCGCCGUCUAUCUACUCUACACCUACACGCGCAUCUGCUCCAUUGCCCGCAACUCGGGCGAGGACUUCAGUGACUUGGCCAAGGUCCUGGAGGGAGUCAACAUCGAUUUGAGCCACGAAAAGGAGUGGAAGCUGGCCAAAACCCUGCUGAAGAUGCACGAUAUCCUUAUCAAGUGCUCCAACGAACUCUUCCUGCAUUUCCUCUGCGAAUUCUGCUACGAAGUGUGCACCGUCUUCACCGAAUUCUACGACAGCUGCUACUGCAUCGAGAAGAACAAGGCUGGCGAGAUUAUUGCGGUCAACCGGAGUCGAAUCCUUCUGUGCGAGGCUACAGCCGCGGUAUUGCGUCAGUCAUUCUUCAUCCUGGGCCUUAAGCCAGUUGCGAAAAUUUAAAGUGUCAUUUUUAGACAUUUAAUGUAAAGCCCAAUGUUUUUGAUAACGCAUGUAUGGAUAUCAAAAUAAAAAACAUUUAAUUUAAA